CCUACAUCUCAUUUCUUUCUACAUGACUUACUUGAAGACAGGAUUGGAAUGAUACUUUUACGCAGUAGAUAUCAGGAAAUGUCUGAGUUUGUGGAUGCGCACGUUUAUCUGCUGCACUUGUUGCACUGAGGCAGGCUGCUCAAUCUAACGUUAACGGACUGAGACAAAUUCACCGUUACCGACGAGCUCUUGUGUUUUCAUUUCGCAGGUAACGUUAGGGAUUUAAUUCGAGGGAUUUCAUUUGCCUAACCUUAUGGUGGAUUACACGCUUAUAAAAUACAGUUUUGCUGUUAAAUUGUUAUCAACCGUUAUUUUUGAAAUUUCAAGCGACGCAGUCUACUUUACAGAUCUGUAUCUUCAAAAACAUUAAAUCGUGCUCACGAUGCCAGUGUUAAUGAGUCCAGAGAUAGCGAAUAGAUUCAAAGAGAGAUGGAUGAUGCUUCAUCCGGAGGAUCAGGACAAUGUCAGCGGCUCUGUUCACUUUGACGACAGUCUCACCAGCCUGCACUGGCUGCAGAACUUCUCUAUCCUCAGUGCCAAUCCUGAGCGGACUCCCAGCUCCGGCUGCCAUCCCCAACAGCUCUUCUACCACAAAAACCAGCUGGGAGGCACCGACUCACCCUCCAGCCCACCUGCUGGAGAUACCGCCGCCGCAGGGAUGCCACAAACACCUGGGAAUCCCACAACGUCCUGCAGCAGUUUGGCGAAUUCAUACGCGCAGCAAGCGGGACACUACAUAACGGCGCAAACAAAUGCAUCUGAGGAAUUAGACUAUAAAACAAACCGCCAUGUGAAGCCACCCUAUUCAUAUGCCACUCUGAUUUGCAUGGCAAUGCAAGCUAGCAACAAAACCAAAAUCACUCUGUCAGCCAUAUACAGCUGGAUCACGGAAAAUUUCUGCUACUACAGAUACGCGGAGCCAAGUUGGCAGAAUUCGAUCCGCCAUAACUUGUCCCUGAACAAGUGCUUCAUGAAAGUCCCCCGGCAGAAAGACGAACCAGGAAAAGGAGGCUUUUGGCAAAUCGACCCGCAGUACGCUGACAUGUUUGUCAAUGGCGUUUUCAAACGCCGGCGAAUGCCUGCCACAAACUUCAACACCCAAAGGCAGAGCAAGAUGUUAUCCUCUCCCAGCUCCUCGUACGGCUCUCAGUGCAACCAGACCGGCCGACAAAUGGGAAUCGGCCAUUUCCAAGGACAGAUCCCAGGAAGCAAACGCAAGCAAGACUUCCCCAAACGAGGCAGCAAGCUGGCCAGGGUCUCCAAGAGCCCUCUGUUAACCACCGACAUCAAAACUUCAGACGUACUGAGAGGAGAUUUUGACCUGGCGUCUGUUUUUGACGAUGUGCUGAGUGGGAAUGACAGCACGUUUGAGGAUUUGGAUAUCAACACAGCACUGAGCUCGUUGGGAUGCGAGAUGGAGCUAUCUUCACAGAACCAGCACGGGCCUGGCUACAGCAAUGAGGACGAACAGGCUUGUGCUUACCUAGAGGCGAACGGCAUGAUGGGAUACAACAAGGAGGACUUUCACCAACACCAGCAGGCACAGGUCCACCCGCAAUAUUACGAGGGAAUGUUCACAGAUCAGGUUCACCAGCAUCAGCACCCUUGGGAGAUUAAAGAGGAAGUCCAAGCCAUCCCUCUUACCUUGGAUCAUGCCUAUGGGCUUUGUGAGGGAUUCUUCUCUGAGAUGCAACUCUGGGAAAGAGCAGAGUGAUAUCUGUGAACACGUCUGAAUACAUAUGCACUGUCUUUGCUCGUCUGAAGACCUAUUGACUUUUGUUUUGCUACAUUAGCAUAAUGAAUUACUGAGGAUGUGAGAGGUUAUAUGUAAUUAUUCUUUGUACUUCUUUUGCAUUUUGCAAGAAACUUUACUGAUUCGUUUAUAAUCACCCUUGAUCUUUGAAUUAUUUUCUUGUUCUUUUCUUUUCCUGACAUGAGAGACAAGUGUAGUUAUUUGGGAUAGUGACAUUUUGUUCCUUCUAAUAUAUUCAUUUUCGUUUACUUCAUAUUUUAGGUAAUGUCAUGUUUUAUAUAAGUCUAAAAAAAUUAAUGUAAAUCAUAUAUUUGAGGGAAAAGGGAUGCAACAAGCCAAAGUGCUUCACUAAAUCAUUUCCAGAGACAAAAUAAGCCCGCACAAGCACUUUGAAACGCAGUUUGUAGCCUCAUAAUUUAUUUUCUCUCUGUUAUGAUAAUCUAUGAGAGUGCAAAGUGGGGUCUUACGAGGCAAUGACUGUUCUAGAAGUGUACUUGUAUUGAUUCUUUGAGAAAUGGACUAAAACAUGCAACGUGAAACAAAAUAUAUUCUGUACUUGAAUAAAAAGAUCAA